AUUCAACCAAAUGAGAUGUCUGAGACUGUUAAAGAAAACAAUGGAUGCAAUACUCGACGAUCAUUUGUUUACGGAUAUCUCAUCAUAUGGCAGUCUCCUGUAUUGUGAACUUUGUACUGUUAUUAACCUAAAGAUUACUGAUGGGACUCAAGUGCAGAAAGCUGAGCACUUAUUUAACAAGUGGACGAAAUGGUUCACUUCUGUGGGCAGUCAGAUCCUGACACCAGACCAAACUCCCAGAGCAAGACUGAGCAUCAGUUUUUUAAGAAAAGUU